CAUGCGUAUUACUUACCAUCAUCAGAAUGAUGGGUAAAUAGCAUGGCGCUGUAGUUUCAAUGGAAGAGGCAUCUGUCAAAUAUUUUUCGUGGUAAAAGAACAAGGAAGAAUAGUAUAAGAUACCGGACGGAACUUCAGGAGCACAUAAAGAAAUUAGCCUGCCUUAACUCCAGAAAUGAAUGAACGCGGAGGAUCACAACCUGUUGACUAUGUCUCAUUAUAAUGGAAAUUGAGCCAUUCUCCUUCAUCAGAAGUCCUGCAAAAGGUGAUUUAGAGACAUUUUCGUGCAUCAGAAACCAAAGUGAUUUGGAGAAGUUUUCCUACAUACGAAGCCCUCCAGAAACGUUUUCGAUACCUUGUGUGCCUGUGAGAUCCGAGCCCAGCCCCUCUCGUCCACCGCAAUCUAGUCAGAGAUUUUCCACCCCCAAUAUGGUGGUGGAUCUUCAGUCUCAGAACCCCUGUGUGGUUACUGCAGAUCCAUCUGUGCAGUCGUCGCCACAUGACUACAAGCUUCUUCCCCAGGAAGUGUCUCCGCGAACUGCAUCGCAUGACUACAAACUUCUGCAGCAAGACAUAUCACCCCGUUCUGCGUCACAUGACUACAACAAACCAUUGUUGACUGACGUUUCCCCAAGGUCAAAUGACUCCUACAAACCAUGUCCCCAGGACAUUUCCCCAAGGUCAAAUUUGAGUGAAUGUAACAAACGCCAGCAGCAGCAAGAACAGUUCUCCCCAAAGGGAGGCUCCCUUGAGUAUGAACACAAUCGUAACCUAUCCCUACGCACUUCUUCUCAUGACUACCGUCUUUUGCCACCAGAGGGCAUGAUGACACCAAGUCCUGAUAACCCACCCUCCAUUGACCACUCUGACAUCCCUCAAAAUGAAGUAUUAUCUUUAAAAGGCAUGAACACUCCUAAAAAUAGCCCCCCACAGCUGUCUCCGAAACAGCUUGACUUGGACCAUGGGCGGUUUGAUUGUGGUCCAAAACAAAUGGAUUAUGAUAAUAUGGAUCAAAACAGCGGAUCAGACCAAUCUCCGUGUCAGACUCCAGAGAAGCAUCGGUCCCGGCGUAAGCAAACUAUUGAAGACAUUGUGCGCCGAAUGAAAGGAUCAGAAAACGGUUACUAUAGUGACAGUGAAGAAGAGGAGGAAGAUGAUGGGGAGGACACUCUGAAUGGAUCUAUUUCCAUGGAUAUGCACAAUGGUGACCCAAAACUGGGUGAUAGUAUGUGCGGUAUGAGGUGUGGGCAGGAUGAAGUGGAUGGGGCUCCUAUGCAGAUAUCAGGCCUUAAGGCUAGCGACAAAGACAGGCAACCUUGUAUUAACAAUGGGUCCGCAGGCAGUGGAACCAUGGGAAACGGUCUGGAUGGAAUGUCCUAUAAAAACGGCAGCAUUUCCUUAGAUACAGAGAACAUCCAACCAGACCAUAUGCGACAAAUGGAAAAUGGCAAGGACAACAAAGAUGGUUGUGAAAAUAAAGAUAUGUCACCUGAACGACAACAGAUCAAUGCUAUCAUGGACAAAGUAGCUGAGAUCACAGGAGGGAACAAAUCGCAAGACUUCAACACUCCCAAACAGAACGGAAACUGGUUUCACGGAGCAUUCAAUAGCCUUCCUUUGUUUCCCUUUCCUCCUAGUCCCUUGGAACAUCAUCUCAAUCCAAACUUUCUUCCGAUGUUUGACGGCAAAUUUCCUUCGUCACAAGAGGUUGAGAAAGAUUAUCUCAAAUGUCAAUUUUGUGAAAGGACAUUCCGACGCCAAAAGAACUUAGAAAACCAUAUCGAGAACACUCACCACGGGAAGACCACAGCAAGAAGAAAAUCAUCAGAUAGCAAUGACAUGUAUUUCAAAUGUACACAUUGCCCCUAUACCACCAAGCAUCAGAGUAACCUGUACGUCCAUCUUCGCAUACAUACUGGAGAGAGACCGUAUAUCUGUGGAGCCUGUGGGGUCCAGUACAGCCAGAGUCACAGUCUAAAGAGUCACAUCAUCAACAAACAUGAUGGAAUCAUGUCGUAUUACAUCAAGGAGAAGCGUAACCGUUCCCCACGAGGUAUGGGCUACUUGACCCAGGUCAUACCCGACAUGUACAAGAUCUCCCCACAGCAAUCCAUGAUGCCACACAAUGUUCACAGUAACCAUGGAAACCAACAACAGUCACUCCUGAUGCCACAACACAACAUUCCAAUGCCACCACAUCCACAUGUCAUGACUUCAAUGCAUCCACAAGUCAUGACCUCGCCCAACCACCAAGGUCAAGGUCAGCCAAUGACUUCUCCCAUGCAGAAGAUGAUGAUGUCUCCACAACAGCAACAGCAACAGCAGCAGCAGCAACAACAACAACAGCAACAACAAAUGGGAAGCCACCUCCAACAGGAGAAUCGUCCCACCCACAUAGGAGGGGAGCGUAAUCAGCAGUCCCAUCCUCACAAUAUGCAGCAGAAAUCUAGUCCCAACUACUAUGCCAAUGGGUUUCCAUCACCUAACUUUCAGAACAACUUUCCACCACAGUUCAAGGUGCACCAGCAAGUGGCACCGGUGGUGGAGGAACAGCCACUGCCACUGGUUACGAACACUACCACCAAGUCUCAGAUGCCACUACAGGAAAUUCGCAACAACCAGAUGGAGGAGAGCGGCAUGAACAACCAUGGUGCUAUUGAUCUCAGCAAGAAGGGCAUGCCAAGUCACACUCUCCGUGACAAUGGUCAUCUUGAGGCUCUCAAGGCUCUGGAGAUGUCAGGACUGGGGGAACGCCCAGAAAAAGAUCAUAAGUGCACAGAGAAGGGCACCGGAGAAUGUGCUAAUUGUGUUCAUGAGUCUAAACUCCGUACACUAAGACUAAAUGUGGUCCGUAUGCUCAGUAUUCUGGUCCCAAAUCUGAAUUUCGAGGAGAAGGGAAUCAGCGCUGAUGGUGACUCGGUGGAUGAACUCCUACAUGAUGUCAUAGAAAGCAAUAUGCAGGAGGAGGAGAUGAGUGAGUGAGGUCAAGGUCAGGUCAAGGUCACUAAUAUUUGGUAGUACCUUGUCAGCUAUUUUGGGAGGAUGUUCUAUCAGUCUGUCUCUUUGUGGAUGUGCCAUAUCAUCGGACUUCUUCUUUGACCCAUUUACAUGUGACCACCUUAUAGAUGGACAACUACUUAUACCAAAGUCAUAUGAUGAUUAUUCAAAGUCACAAAAAUGUCUAGGGGUCACACAGAUCACAAGCAAGGGUGUUCUGAAGCCGGUAUUGUUACACCACAAUUUAAUAUAAUCAGUGAUUAUCUAAUAAUGAAAGUGAUGAUUGGCAGAAUCAUCUCAAUAUGUCAAACAUAUCAACCUGCCUGAAAGCUUAUCAUCUAUUCAUUACAAACCAAGAAACCAAGAAUGCAAUGGGUCAACUCUGGCGUCGUUUGACUGACACUUUCUCUAUGGGAAUUAAAAUCAACACAUCCAUUUUCUAGCUUUCCUUUGAAACUUAUAUACAUUUUAUUCCUUCGUCACAAACAUUAUCGCCAAAAUUGCACUUUUUUUUUUCUGCAUGACAUGGUUUAUGUUAUUUAGAAUUCAUACUUCUUAAAUAGCUUUUUUUUUUUCAUCAUUUGUCUUUUUGAAAGCUCAUUUCACUACUGGUCAAUGAAACAAUGCCAAUGUUGUCCCAAAGAGCACAAAGUGUUCAAAAACAAAUAUAUGCCUUUUCCAAAGACUUUGAAUAGUUCACAAAUCAACUUUUUACUCAUGUUUUGUCAAACCACCUGACACCAGCAUUUCUCAUAACAGCCUGCAGGAACUGCGGCAGUGACGUUCUGUGUUUGUUGUUUAAUUGCAUCUGGUCAAAGACCGCUCUACCAUUCCUAUUCAUUAUAAUUCUACUUUUCACAUUUUUUGUGUGAAAUAUAAACAUUUAUAUAUUAUACGAUAUAUUGCUGGUGCGUGGUACCACAGAUGUUGAUUCUAUUUUUGUUGGCAUAUAAUGAUAACAAUUGAUACGGACCACUGCUUGGACCACUUUGAUGCAGACAAUGGGAUAUGCAGCGUUGUUACCAUAGAGGAAACUGUACCAUGGUGUAUAGUGUGUAAGGUUUGUGUGAGGAGCUGCAAAUUUCUCCGUGGCAAGGCAGUGUUUUUGAUGUCACAGAGGUCACAUGGAGGUCACCAAUGGAUCGUAAACUUCUGUAUAUGGAUUUUUUUGAUUUUGAGAAAAAUUCCAUCACAUUACCUGGUUGUGAUAAGUGUAGUUUAUGCAUGUAUUUUAAUGUGUAGAAGGCCCUCCCUACGUAUAUCAUACUGUGGUUCUCAGCAGUGUAAAUAAGGCCAUUUCUAUAUAUUAUACUGUGGUCCUCAGCAGCUGUGUGCUGUGAACUUUACAUUAAUGGUACAUCUAAUCAUGUUUUUUUUUCAGUUGAAUCUCUAUGAUGGUAAACUUUCUGAACAUGUUUUGAUUAAUAAUACCUUUCAGCAAUUCAAUAUUUGAAUUGCCUUGAAUAUUGGUCAGUGAAGAACAAAACAGAUUUUGCACUUAAAAUUGAAUGCCUAUUUAAGGUUUUUAGAAAGCUGUACUACAUUUGUUUUUUCCGAUGUAAAUCCACUAGGCCGGGCUAUGUCAAGUAUUACGUUUUGUUUUCAGAUCCUGCUAACUCGACCAACUUAUCCUAAAUUACAAAACAAAAUCAGCCCGUAUAAAAUAAUGAAAAUCGUGCUCUACUCUCACUUCUACUCAUUUCCUUAUAUAAAGAGCUCAAAAUAUGAAAAUAAUUCCCCUUUUUCUUGGUCAGUGAAACCCUCCUACCAUGAUGUAUAAAAAUUGAAACAAGAAGAUAUACUUGACAUGGCUUGUUCAGUCAUUGAUGAUUUGAAUUCUUGGAAUAGAUUGCCAAAGACCCAUUGUUAGAAAUUUUUUUGAAGUGUUUGUUAAGUAGUUAAGAUUUCUGUACUGAAUAUUCCAUAAUAUUAACAGAAAUCUGUUACAUUUGUUGUUUUGAAUAAUUAAAGAAAGAUAACUCUUCCAUUUUGUUUAGUAGCAUCCCACCAAGACAUUCACAAUGUCGAAACUUCCAUUUAUUUGCUGUGAUAACUUGCUGUAUGAUUCACUUCUCAGUGAAUUCUACAUCAAAUUAUCGCCUACAUGAUCAACACUCUGAUGUUGUUUUGAUCAAAUCCAUUUUAUUGAAUCUUAUGUAUAUCAUUUUUGAUCUCAAUUUUUUUUUUAGAUGACGGUGCAAACAUUUUUGUUAAAGACUAGAAAUGAGAAAUAUUUUAAUCUGUUGAUUUUUUGUACCAUAUCAAAAUACAAUUUGUCUCGCAUGCCAAAGUGUAGAGCAAAAUGGCUAACUUUUGAGUUUACAUGUAAUGAUUGUUGUUAUUUAAGAAUGUUUUUUGCAAAGUGCAAAAUCUGUUUGCUUCCAAAAUGAUUGCUAGUGCUAUUGUUGUUUAUAAGUGGUAUGUCUGUUGAGUCUGUGUUAAAUGUUAGGUCCCUUGAUGGGCACAUGUUUAGAUCUCCAUUGUUGUAUCUGUGUAUGUCAUCUAUGUAUAUUUUGUAAACUAACACAAAUUAAUUGAGCUCUUGUCAAAAUAUAUGUAGAUUUUACAACAAAAACAGUUUUAAAAAAAUGCAAAAAAUAUGUUAUUUUUUGUAUCUGUUAGACCAAGAGGAGAGAGAGAGAGAGAGGAGAAGGGAAAAAAAAACAAAAAAAAAAGGAUUGAAGAAAUUUUAAAUAAUCAAAUGUUAAAUUGUGUUACUGAUGUUUAAAUGAUACAUUCCAUGCAGUACUGCAUUAUAUGUUUUUUUGUAGAGUGGUGUCAUCAUCUGUUUCACAGUAUAUCUUGUCUUAUCACUGCUGAUCAAUAUCAGUAAUAAUAUACUGCUGUAUCCAUUUUCUAAAUUUUAUUUUCAAAACCAUUUAAUAUCAAAUAUCUUACAAUCUGUUGUUGCAAAACUUUGUCUUUUUCAUUUUAAUUAAUGUAUUAUCUACCUUUGUUGGUAUAUAUAUGCCAGUUCAUAUGUACAGGUAACCAUUCCUCUGUACAGGUAACUGUUCCCUUUAACAGUUUACCAUUCCUCUGUACAGGUAACUGUUCCCUUUAACAGUUACCAUUCCUCUGUACAGUCAACUGUUCCCUAAACAGUUUACCAUUCCUCUGUACAGGUAACUGUUCCCUUUAACAGUUUACCAUUCCUCUGUACAGGUAACUGUUCCCUUUAACAGUUUACCAUUCCUCUGUACAGGUAACUGUUCCCUUUAACAGUUUACCAUUCCUCUGUACAGGUAACUGUUCCCUUGAAUAGUUUACCAUUCCUCUGUACAGGUAACUGUUCCCUUUAACAGUUUACCAUUCCUCUGUACAGGUAACUGUUCCCUUUAACAGUUUACCAUUCCUCUGUACAGGUAACUGUUCCCUUUAACAGUUUACCAUUCCUCUGUACAGGUAACUGUUCCCUUUAACAGUUUACCAUUCCUCUGUACAGGUAACUGUUCCCUUUAACAGUUUACCAUUCCUCUGUACAGGUAACUGUUCCCUUUAACAGUUUACCAUUCCUCUGUACAGGUAACUUUUCCCUUUAACAGUUUACCAUUCCUCUGUACAAGUAACUGUUCCCUUUAACAGUUUACCAUUCCUCUGUACAGGUAACUGUUCCCUUUAACAAUUUACCAUUCCUCUGUACAGGUAACUGUUCCCUUUAACAGUUUACCAUUCCUCUGUACAGGUAACUGUUCCCUUUAACAGUUUACCAUUCCUCUGUACAGGUAACUGUUCCCUUGAACAGUUUACCAUUCCUCUGUACAGGUAACUGUUCCCUUUAACAAUUUACCAUUCCUCUGUACAGGUAACUGUUCCCUUUAAUAGUUUACCAUUCCUCUGUACAGGUAACUGUUCCCUUUAACAGUUUACGAUUCCUCUGUACAGGUAACUGUUCCCUUUAACAGUUUACCAUUCCUCUGUACAGGUAACUGUUCCCUUUAAUAGUUUACCAUUCCUCUGUACAGGUAACUGUUCCCUUUAACAGUUUACCAUUUCUCUGUACAGGUAACUGUUCCCUUAAAUAGUUGACCAUUCCUCUGUACAGGUAACUGUUCCCUUUAACAGUUUACCAUUCCUCUGUACAGGUAACUGUUCCCUUUAAUAGUUUACCAUUCCUCUGUACAGGUAACUUUUCCCUUUAACAGUUUACCAUUCCUCUGUACAGGUAACUGUUCCCUUCAAUAGUUUACCAUUCCUCUGUACAGGUAACUGUUCCCUUUAAUAGUUUACCAUUCCUCUGUACAGGUAACUGUUCCCUUUAACAGUUUACCAUUCCUCAUGUACAGGUAACUGUUCCCUUUAACAGUUUACCAUUCCUCUGUACAGGUAACUGUUCCCUUGAAUAGUUUACCAUUCCUCUGUACAGGUAACUGUUCCCUUUAACAGUUUACCAUUCCUCUGUACAGGUAACUGUUCCCUUUAACAAUUUACCAUUCCUCUGUACGGGUAACUGUUCCCUUUAACAAUUUACCAUUCCUCUGUACAGGUAACUGUUCCCUUUAACAGUUUACCAUUCCGCUGUACAGGUAACUGUUCCCUUUAACAGGUAUCUUAUUCCCAGACAGGUAACCAUAUUGCUUCUUUAAACAUAACAAAGCUAACAAGUUUUAAGGUGUAAGUCUUAUUUUAUCAAUUUUCUUCCUUGCAUCAAAUGCUCCUAUUAUAUUGAAUAAUAAUUUAAAUUUGUCCAUAUUUUUUCCAAGCAACUUUUCUGGGCAUAAAAUGCUCAUAGGUUUGAUACACAUUAUUAUUUCAAGCAGUCACCAGAUUGAGUGUGAUUGUCAAUAAACAAUCCACUUUCAGAUAAUUCUGCCAUCAGUAUUGAUGAGUACAGAAUUAUUUGUAUCAAUUUCACUUUAUGCAGUAAGUGCCUCAUGAACAUGAUUUAAGCUAAAUGUUUCAAUAAAAUGCAUAUUUUGUUAAAGAGUUGUUAGCUCAAGUUCAACAGAUACAGAAUUUACUAAACGUUUGGAGCCAAAACGAUGUAUUUUCCUGGGAAUGAUCAUAUGCUAUAUUUGUUUUUUUCAUAGUUUCUUUCAUUGUUUACAUGUAUGUAUUAAACACAAUUUUAUUCUUUCCACGAAAAUAACAAAAUUUAAAAGCCCUUUUAACCUUUCCAUUGUCCUCCCCUAAUGGUUCCCUACCUGAUGUAACCCCACUGUGAAAUAGACACAGGUUUUGCAACAUCGGAUUAGACUUAAUUGAUUUCUGAUAUUUCAGUUGUGAAGAUCAAUCUUGCACUCUUUGCUCUAAUUCAUGUGAGUAUUUUACGGAUAUAACAAUGUUUGCCUUAUUAUUAUUACGAUAUACAACAUUAUCAUCAUUCCAUUUCAAGGGUGGAGAUAUUUUACUGCGUUGGACAUUGUGUUACCUGUAUAUUUUGUGACAUGUUUUGGUUAUUUAACAUUGAUCUUCAAACAUAAGAAUAGGCAGCAAGCGGAUCCUGACCAUUAUCUAGGUGCUUUAUACAAAGAGUUGUUUCCCCUUGUUUUUCUUAACAACAUAAACACAUUCCUUUCCCUAUUUACGGUGCUAUACGUAUGUAAGUUUCUGUUUUUAUGCAAAUGAAAGACCGCAAAAUAACAUGAGAUCCAAUGUCUAUAAGGAAUUUAUCCUUGGAACAUUUUUCAGCAAAGAGUUUUUUCUUCUUAAAUUCUGAUUUCAACUAUUUUGAAAAUAUACAAGCUAUGUAUUGACAGGAUUAUGUAGCAUCAGUUUUAACAGUUUUCUUUAAGAUAAUAUUACAUAUUUGUGAAGGUCAUUUGACCUUUUUAGAUUUUAGUACGACUAUUUUAGUGAGUAAAUUAUGUCCUUUUGGUUUCCCUGGGGACUGAACGACCUUGACAUGUGACAUUGUCACUCCAUAACUAC